GAGUGCCAGUUUGGCCCAUGUGAACGCUAUGCUCAGAGAGCAGCUAGACCAGGCCACCGCUGCUAAUCAGUCCUUGACCUCUGACAUCCACAAGCUGACCCAGGAUUGGCAGGCUGCCAGGGAGGAGCUGGACAUCAAAGAGAGGGAAUGGUGUGAAGAGGAACAGUCCUACAAUGAAUACUUCAGUGCAGAGCAUGGUCGACUUCUGGCUCUGUGGCGACAAGUCGUGGCCUUCCGUCGAGCUUUUGGAGAUCUCAAGACGGCAACGGAGCGCGAUUUGUCCCACGUGAGGAAUGACGUGACCCGUGCUUCCAGAAGUAUGCACUCCGCCUGUCUGAAUCUGGCUGCCAACCAGAGAAACACAGAAACUCAGUCCCAGAGAGAUGGCAAACCACAGAUAAAGGUGGUGGAAGUGCCAAGAGGCAGUACUUUUGAAGUGACAGUACCAAGAAGAAAUUUGCUUGCGGGAGAUACCCGUUGA